UGAGGUGUGAGGCAGAGCGCACGACGGCCGACUUUCGAGGAACGGUAAAGGCUGUAAAUCAAGAGUAUAGAAGAAAAUGUCCACUGAACGAACUUCUUGGACAAGCCUGUCCACUAUUCAGAAAAUAGCCCUGGGCCUUGGGAUCCCAGCCAGUGCAACAGUUGCUUAUAUCCUAUACCGUAGGUAUAGGGAAAGCAGAGAAGAGCGGCUGACAUUUGUUGGAGAGGAGGACAUUGAGAUAGAGAUGCGGGUUCCCCAGGAAGCUGUGAAACUCAUCAUUGGCCGGCAAGGAGCCAACAUUAAACAAUUGCGGAAACAGACAGGUGCUCGGAUUGAUGUGGACACAGAGGAUGUAGGUGAUGAGCGAGUGCUGCUUAUCAGUGGUUUUCCUGUUCAGGUGUGCAAGGCCAAAGCAGCAAUUCAUCAGAUCCUGACAGAGAAUACCCCAGUGUCUGAGCAGCUCUCAGUUCCCCAGAGAUCUGUGGGCAGAAUCAUAGGGAGAGGCGGCGAGACGAUUCGUUCUAUCUGUAAGGCCUCUGGAGCCAAAAUUACCUGUGACAAAGAAUCAGAGGGGACAUUACUACUAUCAAGACUUAUAAAAAUCUCAGGAACACAGAAGGAAGUGGCAGCAGCUAAGCAUUUGAUACUGGAGAAAGUUUCAGAAGAUGAAGAACUUCGGAAGAGAAUUGCCCAUUCUGCAGAAACCAGAGUCCCACGCAAGCAGCCAAUCAGUGUGAGAAGAGAUGAAGUGAUGGAGCCAAGUGGAGCUGGAGAACCAGCUUUAUGGAAAAACAUGAGUUCUAGCAUGGGGCCAGCUACACCUCUGGAGGUUCCUCCUCACAAAGGAGGGGGUGACAUGGCUGUUGUAGGACCAAAAGAAGGUUCCUGGGAGAAACCUAAUGAUGACAGCUUUCAGAAAUCUGGAGCCCAAACCAGUCCAGAGGUGUCCAUGUUUGAAAUCCCCAGUCCCGACUUCAGUUUCCAUGCUGAUGAGUACCUAGAAGUCUACGUUUCUGCUUCUGAACACCCCAACCACUUCUGGAUCCAAAUCAUUGGCUCUCGAAGCCUGCAGUUGGAUAAGCUUGUCAGUGAGAUGACCCAGCAUUAUGAGAAUAGUUUGCCUGAAGACUUGACUGUACAUGUUGGAGACAUUGUAGCAGCACCUUUAUCUACAAAUGGUUCCUGGUAUCGAGCCCGGAUCCUUGGCACCUUGGAAAAUGGGAACUUGGACCUCUACUUUGUUGACUUUGGAGAUAAUGGAGACUGCCCACUGAAGGACCUCAGGGCUCUCAGGAGUGACUUCCUAAGCCUUCCAUUUCAAGCAAUAGAAUGUAGUCUGGCACGGAUUGCCCCCUCAGGUGAACAAUGGGAAGAGGAAGCUUUGGAUGAGUUUGACAGACUCACUCACUGUGCUGACUGGAAGCCCCUGGUGGCCAAGAUCUCUAGCUAUGUCCAGACUGGAAUCUCAACUUGGCCAAAGAUCUACUUAUAUGAUACCAGUAAUGGGAAGAAGCUUGAUAUUGGGCUAGAAUUAGUUCGUAAAGGAUAUGCAAUUGAGCUUCCUGAAGACAUGGAAGAAAACAGAACCAUCCCAGACAUGUUGAAGGACAUGGCCACAGAAACAGAUGCCUCUCUUGCCAGUAUGCUUACUGAGACCAAAGAGAGUCCUGAAGAGAUACCACAUACCCUGUCCUGCCUCAGCUUAUCAGAAGCUACUUCUAUGUCUGGUGAUGAUAACCUUAAAGAUGACUACUUACUCUGAAGUCUGGGCUUCAGUUGGAUCAACCAUCUGCUUUGCUGUGAUUUGAUAGAGGAUUUGGUGCUAAGAGAAGAAUCUGUAGAGAUCCAUGGAAUCCUUCCUUUUUUAUGCACACAGUCUGGCUUGCUGAGG